AUGACUGGUGACGUCCCAAGUUCUUCAUCAUCAGGCCAAUACGUUGCACCAGACCUUAUGAGUGGUAUGGCAACACCCAUCGACCAGAGGCUGUUGCGGGACGAAAAUGGUUACCUUCGGCAGGAAAUUGCAAGCUUGAAAGAACAACUCGCAGUGCUCCAGUUUAGUAUACGUAACGAGAGACAAAAUAUACCCAAAGCCAAGACUUCUGGAGGCGCUAUUGAGCUUCCUGCACCCUCUGUCGUCCAGAAUAUCAAUCACUCCCACAAGGCCAAAACUUCUCCAGCUUCGGAGCGACAUGUCAUUGACGUCGAAUCUGGUUCCAGCAUUGCGUACCACGAGAGCUCUCCAGGACUGUACCAUCGAAACAAUCGGCCACUUCACAAUGUUUCAGGACCAUCAAUUCCAAACAAAGAUGAUGCAAGUCCAAACGAAUAUACUGCAUUGUCCCCUCCCAGACCAACUCCACGCCUGACACCGGACGAUGGCCUGCGUCGAGAUAGCCCCGGCGUCGACGAAAACAAUUUUUUGCAGUCCGUUGUUGAUCGGGCGGGAUGGUUGGUAGGAUUACUUAUCCUUCAAUCCAUGUCUUCCUUUAUCAUCGCACGAAAUGAGACCCUCUUGCAACAACACGGAGUGAUUGUCCAGUUCCUGACCAUGCUAGUUGGGGCUGGUGGCAAUGCGGGCAAUCAAGCUUCUGUCCGAGUUAUCCGAGGAUUAGCAACGGGAUCGAUCGAUCACACCAAUACCAGACCAUUUUUGAGACGAGAGUUGUUCAUGGGACUGUGUUUGAGCAUUAUUCUGGCAGUUGCUGGAUUUGGGCGAGCGCUCGUAUUUUUCACACCAUGGCCGGAAACCUUUGCCAUUACCAUAUCAUUGUUCAUUAUUGUAGCUUGCAGUGUGGUCAUUGGGUCAUUGUUGCCACUUGGAAUGAGAUCCGUGGGUAUUGACCCAGCGCACUCUAGCACGACGAUCCAAGUCAUCAUGGACAUUCUUGGGGUCCUAAUAACUGUCAAAAUCGGUAGCUGGAUAUUGGAUUCCAUAUUUGCAGGCGGAAGCAACAACUAA